CCCUUCACCCUCUCACCCCUCUCUCCCUCUCGCUCCAUUUGUCACCUUCCAUCCGGACAACCGGGGGCGAUCCAACUGAGCCCGCCGCGUAGGUUCCCGAAGCCUGGUCCUCGAGCUAGGGGACGCGCGAUAUACAACAACUAACGCCCCGUGCGCGCGCGUCGUACGUGGUGAUCCGCGGCCGGCCGAGACCGGCUGCGAGCGUGGGUGUCAGCCACUCCGCGGCUAGACGACGAGCGCUUCCGUCUGAACUAAUCCCAGCUCCGAAUCCUUUGUUAAUCCCCUCCGAUCUCUCUUUUGCAUCGAUCCAUCAUAUCCAUUUCCGCCUAUAAAUUCAGCCUUUUGCUAGCGUUUGAAUCCCCCCUUGGUUCCCUCCAAAACCUCUCUGCGCGCACACGUGCAGCGGAAGAAGCGUCCAGCCGCCAUGUGUGAGGGGCUCGUCGGCCAGCUGUUGCCGCCGUGCCUGUGCAAUGCCAAGGACGGCGGCGCUGGGGAUGGCCGUCGGGUUGGUGUGGUCGUUGUCUCUCCGGACGUUUCUGUCGUUGUCGCGAACGACUCGACGACCGUGGCAACGUGGAAGCAGCCGCCGCCGCCGCCGGUCUUGGCCGACAGGCCGUCGUUGACCAGUGGCCCGACGAGCGAGGCAGCGUCGAUCUUGCGGCUGUCAUUGCCGAUGAUCAUGACGGGCCUCAUACUCUACGUCCGGCCGAUGAUAUCGAUGCUCUUCCUUGGCCGACUCGGCGAGCUCGCCCUCGCCGGCGGUUCCCUCGCCAUCGGCUUCGCCAACAUCACGGGCUACUCGGUCCUCUCCGGCCUCGCCACGGGCAUGGAGCCGGUGUGCGGUCAGGCCGUGGGCGCCAGGAACCUCCCCCUCGUCGGCGCCACCAUGCAGCGGAUGGUGCUCCUCCUCCUCGCGAUGUCCGUGCCCGUCGCCUUCCUCUGGGCGCACAUGGAGCCGCUGCUCCUGCUGUGCGGCCAGGACGCGGCCAUCGCCGCCGCCGCGCAGCGCUACAUUCUGCUCUGCCUCCCGGACCUCCUCUUCCAGUCGUUCCUCCACCCUCUCCGCAUCUACCUCCGGACCCAGUCCAUCAACUUCCCGCUCACCGCCUGCGCCGUGCUCACCGUCGCCAUGCACCUCCCCGUCAACUACGUCCUCGUCUCGGUCCUCGGCUUCGGCGCCGGUGGCGUCGCCCUCGCCUCCGCCUUGGCCAACCUCAACCUCGUGCUCCUCCUCCUCGCCUACAUCUACUUCUCCGGCGUGCACCGCGCCACCGGCGGCUUCACCCUAUCCGAGAAGCUGUUCAAGGACGUCACCGGGUGGAUGCGGCUGGCCCGGCUCGCCGUCGAGAGCUGCGCCAGCGUCUGCCUAGAGUGGUGGUGGUACGAGAUCAUGAUCCUUCUCUGCGGCCUCCUGGCCAACCCUAAGGCCACCGUCGCGUCCAUGGGGGUGCUCAUCCAGACCACGUCCCUGCUCUACAUCUUCCCGUCGUCGCUCAGCUUCGGCGUGUCUACGCGCGUCAGCAACGAGCUCGGCGCGAACCGCCCGGCAGCGGCGCGCGCCGCCGCCCGCGCGGGCCUCGCCCUGAGCGCACUCCAGGGCGUCGCCUCGUUCCUGUUCGCCGUGUCUGUGCGCGACGCGUGGGCGCGCAUGUUCACCUCGGACGCCUCCAUCCUGGCGCUCACGGCGUCGGUGCUGCCCAUCCUCGGGCUGUGCGAGCUCGGCAACUGCCCGCAGACCACCGGGUGCGGGGUGCUCCGCGGGAGCGCGCGCCCCAAGGACGGCGCGCGCAUCAACCUCGGCGCGUUCUACGGCGUCGGCACGCCCGUGGCCGUGGCGCUGGCGUUCUGGGCGGGGCAGGGAUUCAGGGGCCUCUGGCUCGGCCUCCUCGCCGCGCAGGCCGCCUGCGUCGCCGUGAUGCUCGUGGUGAUCUCCCGCACGGACUGGGUCAGCCAGGCCGAGCUCGCGCAGGUGCUCGCCGGAGUGGCCGCGCCCCGCGACAAUGUGAACGGAGACGACGGUGGGAAAGACACGGCGCCGCGUUUCAAGGUUGCGGCGCCCCAUGGCGACGAGGACUCCAGCUUGCUCAUCACGGUGCAGAGCUGACCGGCGAUAAACCUUGACAACGACGGCCGUCUACGUAUGAAUCACGGUGACUAGCUGGUAUGGUAGCCCUGGUAUAUAGUAGGUGUGAAGUGAAACAAGAUUUUUGCAGUCUUGACAUUUUUUUGGGGAGGCGUUCUUACGAGCUGGUGUGCCUCCCUAGCAAAAGUACGUGUACCACGUUAUUGCAGAAAAACACCUGAGACUUUGAGGUGAAAAAGCUGGGUGUUUCCUGUAAUUACGUGGCCGUAUUAGGUGUGUUAUCUAGGUGGCCUGGAUGCCGACAUAUUUUUAUACCUUCUUUAAUUGUU